GCCCGGAUGCGUCCCUGCUGGUCGAUCCGUCGCUGGCCGGCACGAUGUCCGCCGUAAGCAACCUAAGCGCCCUUUCCGCGGCCGGAAGUGGCAACCAUCAUCUACGGUUAUCCGAGCAUGGCCAUACCGGACAUCAUGAUCACCAGCACGCGUCCGGUGGUGGACGGAAACGGAAGUACUCCUUCAAUGAUACUAGCGAUAUUGAAGAUGACACCUGUGAUGAUUCAAAGUCCGUCAGGACGGCGGACGAAAGCAAAAAACAAAACCACAGCGAAAUUGAGAAGCGACGGCGGGACAAAAUGAACACCUACAUCACGGAGCUGUCCGCAAUGAUACCGAUGUGCCACGCGAUGUCCCGCAAACUGGACAAGCUCACCGUCCUACGGAUGGCCGUACAACACCUCAAGACGAUCCGUGGUGCGGUGCAUUCGUACACCGAAGGUCACUACAAACCGGCCUUCCUGUCCGAUCAGGAGCUCAAGAUGUUGAUCCUGCAGGCUGCCGAGGGUUUCCUGUUCGUAGUCGGGUGCGAUCGAGGCCGCAUCCUGUACGUGUCCGAGUCCGUGUCGCACAUACUGAACUACUCUCAGGGUGAUCUACUCGGACAGAGUUGGUUCGACAUCCUGCACCCCAAGGACGUGGCGAAGGUGAAAGAACAGCUAUCGUCGUCCGAUCUAAGCCCACGGGAACGACUCAUCGACGCUAAGACAAUGUUGCCGGUGAAAACGGAUGUCCCGCAGGGUGUAACACGCCUGUGUCCCGGUGCACGCCGCUCGUUCUUCUGCCGCAUGAAGUGUAAGGCCAACGUGCAGGUCAAGGAGGAAGCCGACCAACCGAACAACGUCUCAAGUGUCAGCACCGUGUGCCAUCGGCGUAAAAAGCAGGUCAAUUCCGAUAAGAAGUAUUCCGUGAUACAGUGCACCGGCUAUCUGAAAUCGUGGGCCCCAGCCAAGAUCGGACUGGAGGAGAACGAAACCGACGGUGAGGGUGAUUCGUGCAACCUGUCCUGUCUGGUGGCCGUGGGACGUGUGCAACCUAACCUCAACCAGAGUGGGAAGUCUCUUAGCCGGAACAACAUCCCGAACCUGCGGAAUGUGCAGUUCAUUUCACGGCACGCGAUGGACGGCAAGUUCCUGUUCGUUGAUCAGAGAGCCACACUGGUGUUGGGUUUUCUGCCCCAGGAGCUGCUUGGGACGAGUAUGUACGAGUACUACCAUCAUGAGGACAUUCCGGCGCUUGCUGAGUCGCACAAGGCCGCUCUUCAGGGGACACAAUGCGUCACUACGUCCGUGUAUCGGUUGCGAACGAAAGAGACGGGUUUUGUGCGGUUACAAAGCGAGUGGAAAUCGUUCCGUAAUCCGUGGACGAAAGAGAUCGAGUAUCUGAUCGCGAAGAAUAACGUGAUCCUGUCGGAGUUGGGUGAUCCCGGUACGAGUAGAGCCGGUGGGUAUGGUAGUUCCGGCAUGGGGGAGUUGGGUGAUGGUACGGGUGAGCCUGGUUCCGGAACUUCUGGACAACCGGGCGUUGGGUACGAGUUCUUCAACCAUUCAAAUGGACGAGAGAUACAACGCAUGAUCAACUCACACGUCGAGGCGAGUAAAAUUGGACGACAAAUAGCGGAACAGGUGCUGGAUCAUCAGCGUCGAGUGGGUGAUUCGUCUUCGGAGAGUAGUCCCAAUCCGAAUGAGUCCACGUUGCAACCCGCGUUUAGUUCCGCUCUGUCGGAGGCGAACCACUCGAACGAUGCGAUCACAUCCGGUGAGCACAGUAUGGUCGCGUCUAGUGGUGUAUCUCCUUCCUCGGUUGCCGUUGUCCCUCCGGUGGCGACAACUCGCAUCAACGGAACUCUUCCCGGGUAUAGCCACGUGCAGACAAACGCCAUCAUCAGUCCUGAGCAUGAUGUUUCGCAAACGCAAGCCAGCAGUACUGACGGCAAUGACGAAGCGGCGAUGGCCGUCAUCAUGAGCCUGCUGGAGGCUGACGCCGGUUUGGGUGGACCGGUUGACUUUUCGGGCCUACCGUGGCCACUACCGUGAGAGAGAGAGAGAGAAACUCCACAACCCUGGAGGAACAUGUACAUUUAUUCAAGGCUAUGAUCGUGAUCGUAACGACGCACGAGUGCGUUGCUGGAAACGAAAGUUACCAACCGAUAAAAAAAGGGCGGGGAAAUGUUAGAGGGAAACCUAGGGGAUAUAAAAACAACACACACACACAUACACACAAGAGCUUCUGGAUGUUGUGUCCAAAGACACAAGCAGGACGUGUAGGUACAAAACAAUCCGCAGCUGCAUUUAUGUCUGCGUUCCGGUGGCAGUGGACGUCGGAUUUUUUGCUUAAAUCACCAAAAAGAGCUUCCUUGGCUUGGUUUGCAUUUGGAAGCCAUUGCUUCGGAGGAACGUGCGGGAGGAAACAGUCAACGAAACGUGUCGGAAAGAAGCUAGUAGCGUAGUAGCGUAGCGUGUAAGCUGGAAAAAAAGUGAUUCCUGCGGUGCACUGUGAUGGGCGUAAAUUGUAAGGUGAUCAUAAUAAUAGCAGGAAAACAUAUGUACAAAACGAGCGA